UCAUCCGGAACGCCAGCCGGAACCGGGAAGUGAGUCUGUUGUGAGCUGGGCUCUUCCUGCUUGUUGACAUGUCGAGCCGUGCUGGUCCGGACCGAGCCGGGCCGGGACUCCGGUCCUCUGCGGUGCUCCUGCUGCUGCUGACGGGUCUGAUCGGGCCGGUCCGAGCCGUGUCCGAACGGGGGAAAUGGACCGUGGACAUCGACAGCGAGACUCCGAGGAAGCAGAUCUUCUUCACGAAAACUCUCUUCAACAACUCCUUCAUCCGCAUCAAAUUAGAAAACUGUACCUCGACGGUCCAGCUCAACGUGUCCUGGUACCUGAGGAACUCGCACUGCUACGACGAAGUCUUCAGCCUCAACGCGACGAGAGCGGCGGGUUACUUCGGCUCCAAGGACGUCCUGCCAGGUGGAGGAAGUGGAUAUUAUGUUUUUCACCAAUAUCCUGCCAUCGAGUGCAAACAGAACCCCAACAUGUUUGGCCUGGAAGUCUUUGACAAGGAAAGACGGCUGACAGAGGUGCAACAACAACAACAACAACAACAACAACAACAGCCGCCCACUGAGAAGACCCCAGGCAGGAGGAGGAGAGACGUGGUGCAUCCAGAGCCAAAGCCGGCUGCAGUUCAAAAAGAAGGAGCUCGAGCAGAAGCAGGAAAAGUUAAAACGACACACUUCGAUGCCGUGGCUAAGACCUGGGAGGACGGACCGUACAUGUUCAUCCUGAACGUCGGAGAAGUCAAAGUCAAAGACAAGGACCAAGCCCCCGACCCGGCCAAACCGCGACCACACUGGUCUCUACAGCUCCAGAUCAGCAUGAUCGGUCCUCAUGAAUACAUAUCAGCCUCUGAGUGGCCUCUGAUGGUGUUCUACAUGGUGAUGUGCAUCAUGUACGUGCUGCUGGCGGUGUUGUGGUUGGUCCUGUCGGCGUGUUACUGGAGGGAUCUGCUCAGGAUCCAGUUCUGGAUCGGGGGCGUCAUCUUCCUGGGCAUGCUGGAGAAAGCCGUUUACUACGCCGAGUUCCAGAGCAUCCGAUACGACGGCCUGUCAGUGCACGGGGCGGUGGUGUUCGCCGAGGCGCUCUCAGCCGUGAAGAGGACUCUUGCCAGAGUGUUGGUGAUCAUUGCCAGUCUGGGAUACGGCAUCGUCAAGCCCAGACUCGGAGCGUUGCUGCACAGAGUUGUCGGCGUCGGUCUGCUGUACUUGAUCUUCUCCAUCAUCGAGGGGAUCCUUCGAGUCAACGCCGAUCGAGGCGACAACACGAGCAGUACACUUUUGUGUGAAAUAGUGCUGGCCUUCACUGACUCCUGUAUUGUCUGGUGGAUCUUCGUGAGUCUGGCUCAGACGAUGAAGCUGCUGAAGCUGAGGAGGAACGUGGUGAAGCUCUCGCUCUACAGACACUUCACCAACACGCUCAUCUUCGCCGUCAUAGCGUCUGUCAUCUUCAUCAUCUGGACCACAAAGACCUUCAGGAUGUCGAAAUGCCAGUCUGACUGGAGGGAGCUGUGGAUCGUCGACGCCUUCUGGCGCUUCUUGUUCUCCAUCAUCUUAUUGGCCAUCAUGUUCCUAUGGCGACCGUCAGCCAAUAACCAGAGAUACGCCUUCAGUCCUCUGCUGGACGAAGAGAGCGAGGAAGAGGAGAAGGAGCCCAUGAUGAACGAGGCCUUCGAGGGGAUGAAGAUGAGGGGCAUGAAGAACGAGAGCAACGGUUCAGCCAAGGUCAACAAAGUGGAUGAGGAUCUGAAAUGGGUCGAGGAGAACAUCCCUUCAUCUAUGGCCGACGUCGCUCUGCCGCCCCUGCUGGACUCUGACGAGGAAACCUUGACGACCAAGUUCGAGAUGUCUAAGAUGGAGUAAAGCCGAAGAGAAAGACGGACGAAUGGAGGGAACAUGGACGGAUGAAUAAAAGAGAGAGAUGUCUGAUGUGUGGAGGUAUAGAUGAACUGACAGAUGAACGAGGGAACGCAGAGAAGAACGAGUGUUUGCUUUACGAGACGGUGGCGUCGGUAUGUGAUUCAAUCCCUGAAUUUAUGAGCUUUGUAAGCCUUGACUGUACAUACACUGGGAGAAAUAUCGAUCACAGCGGCACACAGAACCUUUUUAUUUUUUAUUUUUAUUGCCUGUUUGUAUUUAUAUUUCUAUAUAUAUAAAUAUAAAUCUAUAUAUAUACAGUAUAUUUUGACAGAUUUGAUGUUGAGGUUCUCUGCUUUAGAGCGGCUCGCUUGCCUUUUCACUGUUUACAUGCAGAAAUGUGAUUAUUAUAAUUCUGUUUUUCCAACGUUGCCUCCUCAGACGUGUUUGUCUGUUUGUUGUACUUGUCACAGUUUGGUUUUUUAUGUUGGUGGACUGACCCGACCUGUUUGAUCCGGAUCUUUUCCACCUGUAGAGAAAAAUAUGGAUGUAAAUGUGAAUUAUUAUUUCGUUCUUUGGUUUUGGAGUUUUGGACGUUCGUCAAUGAAUUUUUGGUUUUGGAUCCAGCACAAUUUGAAUCAUUAAUGUUACAGACUAUCUGCUGCAUCUGGCUAAUUAAAAUCAAGAUCUUUAAUCAACUUUGAUGACACUCACCGGUUUCACGUCUCUUUACGUCAUUUUUGAUGACGAUGUUUGUUCAGACGACAGACCGUCCCUGUUGUACAUAUCGUUGGGUAUAGUUGGGUUUACAUGUGCUCUAAUGUUCCACCAAUAAUCAGAAUAAUCAGAAUAAUUAGAAUAAUCAUGCUUCAUGUAACCAACUCGAUCAGAAGAUGUUAAACCUUUAAAUAAUGUGAGAAAAACAGGAAGAUGUCGUCUCACUGCGGUUGGAAUAAGUCUCAGCCCCUCAUAGGGUUAUGAAUAGCAUUUAUACUUCUGAGGGGUAUAAAUCCGUAGCGUGAAACAUAAUCCGCUCCUUCUGGUUUCUGCAAAAUAAAAGCCCUCGACAGACACACUCCGUAACUGCUCAUCAGAGGGAACUUAAGUUGAUUUGAUGCUCUAAUCAGGACAUCAUGACACCAACAGGCCGUUGUUGAUCGUCGGUUGCUGAACUGAUGGUUGAGGCAGCUUGAAAAAGAGCCCUGAUUGGCUGUUCAGCUAAAUCCAUUCUAGUUUUUAUUAUAUUAAUUUUUAUCCAUGCUCGCACCGCGGCCUCCAGGGCUCAACGACUGGAUGGAUUGUUUCAUUUUGUAAAGACAUGGAAGUUUCCCAAAAUAUUAAUCCAGACUUUUACUGAAAUAUCUCAACAACUAUUGUAUUGGUGUCCAUGAAGAUGGGUGUAGAUAUCCCAUGAUGCUCCCUGUCCAAACACAAACUAUAUCAGCAUUACAACAGGUGAACACUCGAGCCGUGAAUCCAACAACGUCAGUUAAAGCAUUGAAACUCCAACAAUUCAAUUUAUGUAGCGUCAUAAGAAAAGUUAUCUCAUGACACUGAAACAGAAACCUGUUAAAAGAAAGUCUCCAAGUCUUUUUGAAACUGAUUCAGAAAUCAGAUCUUCCAGUUUCUGUACAAACAUUUGCUACAGAAGACAUAAAAGUCCCGUAACCACAGUACUGACAAAUCCCAAGUAUGAUCUUGUAUAUGACAAUAUACCAACAUGUCGCUAAACCAGACCGUCGUACCCGAGCGUCAAGCUCACCUCGAGGCCGAGGGAAACACGACAUCAGCCAGACAGUUGUUUGACGGAGUGAGGCUCGGUGGACCAGGAGGAAUCUUUCUGGUUUUAAAUGAAACGUCUCAACAACUGUUGAAUGGGUUGCCAUGGACUAGAACUAUUUUCAUAUCCAAAGCUUAGACCCACAGAGCUUGCCCGUCUGUGUACGUAUCCGUCACCCGUCUGCUGUCUUUAUCCGCUUGGUUACUUGUACACACACAGCCUCAUGUAGUGUUUUCUAUGGCCGCAGCCAUUAUCGCUUUGUGUGUCCACAUGGACAUAUAGACUACACCGUGUGUGUGUGUGUGUGUGUGUGUGUGUGUGUGUGUGUGUUCCAGCCUGUCUGAAUGGACUAAACGCUCCAUACAUCAUCCAGCCCAGCCGCAGGGUAAAGUCCACUCUGCCUGUCUGCUCGCUGUUAUCGGGAACAUCAGAUGAAAUGUUUGGAGGCCUUCACGAUAAAAGGGUUAGUUCGGUUAUUUGAAGGCUGACGAGGUACUGAUCGGACAGGAGCAGCAAUAGUCAUAUUUAAAAUAUCUUCAUGGAGACUGAAGAUUCAAACAGCUCUUCCUGACUAACCAAAGCAGUUACAGCAGACUUCAUUGACCAUCGUAAAGAGAACACGGGAGUUUCUGGUCUGCAACGGUGGACCAGCAACCCCCAUGUUCUCCGAGGUAAAUUGCUGUUUUUGUCAAUUAAGCCUGGAGGGUUGAAAGCGAGCAUUGAGCGGUUCAGUUUCCCGACGGAAAGAGCUGUGGUAACGAUGAAGCAGCGACACGUUCCAGCAGAACUGUGGCUGCUGGAGAUGAUCGCAGUUGUUCUAGAUGUUUGGGAUCCAAAUCUGAGCAACGUUACCAAA